UAGAUAAUUAAAAGCAACGUUUUGCAAUGUAUACAAUUCGAGUUCCUUUGGUAUAACAGUUUGAUUUAUCUGAUCCGCAGUGUUUCAGCAACACGAGGAGAGGAGAGGGGUCUCGGCCGCGGGGUGAUGCCACAUCUCUCCUGGUCACAGCUCAGAUUACAAACCGGCGCUAAAUCUGCGGUGGGUUUGUCCGUCGCUGACAGCCUGACGCGCGGGUGCCAAACAGUCCCACAGGAGCCACACACACACACACACACACACACACACACUCACACACACUCUUUAUUUAUUUAUUUAUUCAUCACCACAUGUCCCGCUGGUGAGACAGUAUAGCCUGUAUCUCCGCUUCCAUCGCGCGCGUCCACUCAUCUCCAUAAACUCUUCCUCCUCCGCGUCAAUUGUCGGUCCAGCUGUCCCAGAAGUGUGCCGCAAAUUAUCCCCGAACGAUUGCAACAUGCGCAAUAAUAAUUGAAUGAUGGCUGAUUAGAGAGGAUUAGGGGUUGGUGAAGAAAAACCUGAGAGUGUUUUUUUGGCCUCGUUUCCGCUGAGGUUGAUACUCUGGUAGAUGACGUGGAGACGCUGCAGGCGAUUUCCCUGAACCUCUGCGCUCUUUCACUCUCUGAAUCGGAUUUUGUGCGCGUAAACACUUCCCGAGUCACACCUUUUUUUUUAUCAACAACAACGAGAGAAAAAACACUCGAACCUCAGGAGAUAAAUCAAUCUGUUGCUGCAUUGUGCGCUGGCAUUUGCGCCACUGUUUGUCUCCUAUUUAAUUGCCACCCCUUGUGUCCUAAAUACCCUGAACUGGGACAUUGUAGUCUUCAUCAUGUGACCCGUCAGAGAAUGAAAAAAAAAGAAGCUUAAUAACCGAUCAACAGAUGCGCAGACUGCCACCAAAGACAAAACGUUUAGUGCGCAAACCCAAUUAGAAUAUGCAAAUGACGUGUUGGAGUUCUAUGGGACGUUGGGGACGGAGCUGGAGUCUGGUAACGGAUCAAUCACACGGUGGUGUCUCUAAUGAGGAACUGGAUUGAUUCAUUAGUGGUAGAGCAAUUGGCUAAUAUUAGUUUAUUAUGAGCAUUUCUUUUAAUAUAUGAUCAUCGAAAUGUUUGUCUUGCUUGUGUUUUGGAGACAUGACAAUGACGCAUGGGUGUUUUGUUGUUGUUGUCUAUACUACAUUUAUCAUUUGGAGAAAGAUAUAAAGUAAUUUAUAUAAUUUGUUCCUAAUUUAAUUAUCUGUUUUCCUAAUGUUGCCUUGUUUUAAGAUAACGUAAGUGGUUUGGUAAAUGGCAUCAAACUUGCAGCUUUUCUAUUUUUCAGGACUAACAACGAGCCUUUACACAUGCGUGUGUUUUAUUAUAGCACAUGCAUCUUCUUCUUUUUUUUUGGAAACAUGAAUUACCUCCGAUUUUUUUUUUUGGUCUUUUGAUUAUCUGGGUCUGUGUCUCGUUCCUCACACUGAUCGUCUGUCACUGGGGACAAACGUGCUGCAGAUUAAAGCUGCAGGUUUUUUCCCUCGAUUUGAGGGAUUUAUCCGGCUGAUUGAAUCUGUCUGUGACGAGCCGGUGAUGAUCAGCGACGAGACCGCGAAGAGAAGAGCUGCAGUGAAAGUGAACUCCUCUCUCCUCUUGUUGUCUCCCCCCUCUCUCUCUUUCUCUCAUCUGAGUCAGAACCAAAUCACUUUGUAGGAACCCAAAGCUUUUAUUUUCCCAGUGUGGCGACACCAAGUCCUCUGACGCAAGCACACACGUUUAUUCAGUAAACAAAAGCAUUAUUUUUUCUGGGCCAAAUUUAACCAAAGCGUCUGACAGUCACCAUAUGCUUAUGAGUGAGAGCAAUGUGUUGACAAAAAGGGAAAAAUAUAAAGUUAUGUAAUGUGAUUUUGUCUCAUUUAAUUCCCAGACGUUUGCUUUUGGAUGCGGCUUAAACUUCAGUGUGCUGCCUCUCCUCUUCCUCUGCUGUGAUUGGCUGGCGCCUGUUGCCUGUUGCAUAAAACGCACGGCAGAGCAACAGAGGAGCAUCACUCUGCACAACAGAGGAGCAUCACUCUGCACAUUGUUAAACCGGGACAAACGGGGCUGUUUGGUUUACUCUCUUUAGUGGAGCGAUUGAAAGACUAUAAAGUGAAAACGCACAGACAUGACGGGGAAGGAGGGAGUCGUGCUUUCAGACGCGGAGAAUAAAAUGAAAUCGGCUUCUCAAACCAGCGUGAACCACGCGGGAUCCCAGCUGCCGCCUCCGGUGUGGAAGAUGGCCCCCGCGGUGCACCGGCGCACCGGCUUCGGGAUCCAGGAGCUGCUCGGCCUCAACAAGGAGCCGCCGGCGGCGCCGAGGCGGCCGCUGGAGGCUCUGCCGCACAGGGCGCACCUCCUGGCCGCGAGGUCGGCCCUCGGCCACGGCGGGCUGGGGGUCGGGAUGGGUCUGCUGGGACCGGAGGGAAUACACUCGUUUUAUAGUCAGCCUGCUUUUCUGGAGGUGCUGUCAGAGGCGCAGAAUGUGCACCUGCAGCCGCUGCACCGGGCGGCGCACAUGGAGGCGCAGAUGGAUGCGCAGCACUCCGCCAGCUCCGACUCGGAUGACAUGAGUCUCUCCUCCGGUGAUCAGAAAUUCUCUAAAUCCUCCACGAGUCAGAGCAAGAAAAGAAAGAAACGACGACACAGAACCAUUUUCACGUCCUAUCAGCUGGAGGAGCUGGAGAAAGCAUUUAACGAAGCUCACUAUCCGGACGUCUACGCCCGAGAAAUGCUCUCCAUGAAGACCGAGCUGCCAGAGGACAGAAUACAGGUUUGGUUCCAGAACCGCAGGGCCAAGUGGAGGAAGCGUGAGAAGUGCUGGGGUCGCAGCAGCGUGAUGGCGGAGUACGGCCUGUACGGCGCCAUGGUGCGCCACUCCAUCCCGCUGCCCGAGUCCAUCCUCAAGUCGGCCAAGGAAGGCGUCACGGAAUCGUACGCUCCGUGGUUACUAGGAAUGCACAAGAAGUCAGUCGAAACCACGCACACAUCUCCGGGCAAACCCAGCAGUGCAGCUCCCCACACGCCGACACAGGAGCAGCCGGCGGACAAGGUGAUGGAGGACGAGGAGGAGAAGCCGAGGGAAGACGCCGACUCCCCGAUUUCCAAGGAGGAGCUGAGGGAGAACAGCAUUGCGGCGCUGCGAGCGAGGGCGCAGCAGCACAGCGCCAAGAUGUUCUGUACGGUCUCGAGCAGAACGGACGGCCACGUCACACACAAGGAGGAGGCCGACGACCGGGCGACGGAGCAGGAAACGUCAGAAGAGGAGAAGAGGAACUAAGGAACAAAAGACUGCAGGGAUACUGACACUGAUGGUGAAAUGCCUGCAGAGUGGAGACCGCUGAGUUUGAACCCACAAGCUGAACCUUUACUGUGGAUCAAAGCUGCAGUUGAAAUGUUGUGACCACAAAUACACACAGAGAACUUCACUCGAGUUUACCUGUCAGGUAACGUGUGAUUUGAAAAGAGGUGAUUUGGCUCCGCUCCCUACAAAUAUUUGUGAUGGACUGACGGAGACUUUUUAACAUUUUAGGAAAAUGUUCUGACAUGUAGCUGCAUUAAAAAUAUAUAUAUAUAUAUAUAUAUAUAUAUAUUAUUUUCUUUAAAUAAAUUUACCUUACACUCCUGUGACAUGGUCACUUUUAUCAUUGAAGCCCUCCCAACCAGUGUGGACGCUGAGCAAGACGCUGCCUCUCCACCUGCUGCAGAGGUGCUGACCGUGACCUCUGACCGCGACCUCUGACCCCUGACCUCUGACCCCGACCUCCCCGUGGAGACAGAUUUCAAUUAGGGAGGUAACUGAAAAUUCAAGUCAGUGAAGUCCUGCACUCUUUCCCCUCUGCUAUUUUCAAUUAUUGUGAUGUAAAUAAUACAAAAAGAAAAUAAUGUUCAAAAGUUCAAAACUGUACAAUUUUGUAAAGUUAACAUCAAUUAUCUGCGUCUGUCUUUGUAUAAAUGUGACUGUAGCCCGAAUAAAAGUUACUAUUUAAAGUC